AAAAGAAAAUUCCGCAUGUGUGAAUGCCGAAUGCGAUAGCAUAUUCUGAAAGCAGGAGGGAAACAAUGUUUUUGUAAAUAUCGCUGUGUAGUUAUGAUUAAAAGAGAAGGAAAGAUGGAGGAUUUUGUGCCAACACGUGGAUCUCGAAUCAAGAAAACUACAGCAAGUGAUUAUAUCUCUGUGAAUUAUGAAGCUCCGAAGAAAAAGUCGAAACCUACAGAUGGCUCGCACAGUAAAGAGGAUCAGAAUUCUAAAACGCCUGCUGAAAUGAAGGCGCAACAAGAAAAGGAGAUGAAAAAGUUGCGUUAUGAAAUGAUUAAAUUCGGUAUGACUGGUUUUGAGAAAUCAAAGGCAAGAAGAGCAAAAGUCGAGCUUGCCAUCAGUUUAGGUGCAAUACCUCCUAAGAAUAGAAGGACAAAUUAUAAAGCAUUAAAGGCGCGUCAACAAAAAGAAAAGGAAAAGAAGAAAGAGGAAAAACACAUAUCUGGAUUCACAAGUAGUUUGCGCAAAUCUAAAUCCAAGAAACAGCAUAAGAAAGAUAGUGGCAUUUUAGGUGUUUAUGGAAAAGUAUCCAAAGAUAUUUUGUCUAAACAAAAGAGCUGAAUUUAUCAGUAAAUAUUUGAAAUGUUCUCUGAAACGUUGCCAAAAUUGGUGGAGUCUGGCAGAAACUUGUUCGUAUUUAAAUAAAAUAUCUUAUAAGAAAGAUUAUAAUUAGGAAAAUAAAAACUGAUUGUAUUUGUAA